AUGGUUCCAGGUGAAGACUUAAAUUUUAGGGGAAUUCUGCAUCUACUUGUCCAUUUCAAGUGGACCUGGGUUGGGAUUUUUGUGAAAGGAGAAAUUGGAGCAAAAUUUGAACAACUGAUUUUUUCAUGGUUUCCUCUCCAUGGUAUCUGCAUUGCCUUCUUAGAACAAAAACUCGAGGCUAUUUAUAUCAGUAAUAUGGAUGAUGGCCUGAAAUGUGCUGGGGAUGAAAUUUCCUUUGACAAAAAAGGAGAACUGGUUACAGGACUGGAUAUUGAGAAUUGGGUCACAUUCCCCAACCAGUCCUUGCAUCGAGUGAAAGUGGGGAAGGUGGAUCCCUGGGCUGCUGAAGACCAAAUGUUCACCGUUCAUGAGGAAGCCAUCAGCUGGCCUAGCAAUUUCAACCAAACACUGCCUAUUUCAGUGUGUACUGAGAGCUGCUCCCCUGGUAAUUUCAAAAGAAAGCAGGAGGCGAAGCCGUUUUGCUGCUAUGAUUGUCAUCCAUGUCCCAAAGAGAAAAUAUCAAGCCAGAAAGCAGACAUGGAUGACUGUUCCAAAUGUCCAGAUGGUCAAUAUACAAAUAAGAAUCAAGAUUCAUGUCUUCCCAAGAGAAUUUCUUUCUUAUCCUUCGAAGAGCCAAUGGGAAUAUGUCUAGUGAGUCUGGCAAUGUUUUUUUUGCUCUGCACAGUUGUGGUUAUGGCAACAUUUUUGAAAUAUCACCAUACUCCCAUUGUCAAGGCUAAUAACCGAAAUCUCAGCUAUGUUCUUCUCAUCUCCCUCCUCCUCUGCUUCCUUUGCUCACUGCAGUUCCUUGUUGCACCAGGCAAUAUAAUAUGUCUCCUCCGACAAAUUAGCUUUGGCAUCAUCUUCUCAGUGGCUGUGUCUUCUGUGUUGGCAAAAACUAUCAUUGUUGUCCUGGCUUUCAUGGCCACCAAGCCAGGGUCCAGAAUGAGGAACUGGGUGGGAAGAGGACUGGCUGCCUCCAUUGUUCUUUCUGGCUCCCUGAUUCAAACAGGCAUCUGUGCAGUGUGGCUGUUCACAUUUUCCCCUUUUCCUGACAUUGACACUCAUUCAGAAAUUGAGGAAAUCAUACUUCAAUGCAAUGAAGGCUCAUCUACCAUGUUCUAUUGUGUCCUGGGCUACAUGGGCUUUCUGGCAUCUGCCAGUUUCACGGUAGCAUUUUUCUCAAGGAAUCUCCCCAGCAGUUUUAAUGAAGCCAAAUGCCUCACAUUUAGUAUGCUGAUCUUCUGCAGUGUGUGGAUCUCUUUUGUUCCAUCGUACCUGAGCACCAAAGGCAAAUACAUGGUGGCUGUGGAGGUUUUCUCCAUUUUGGCUUCCAGUGCAGGUUUGCUUGUUUGCAUCUAUUUUCCCAAAUGUUACAUAAUUAUCUGUAGACCAGAGCUAAACAAUAGGGAGCAGCUCAUUAAAAGAAAAGGUUCAUAA